AUGACUACGCCCACAGGCUCCGUGUUAUUUAGCAACGCGUUCUUUGGACCUGGCUUCGGACUCCCAAUUACGGGACCAUUUAGUACCUGGCCUCAAAUUAACCCUAACACAGUGUUCACAAGAAACCUAGCAGCAGGUAUCCAGCUGUUCACGGUUGCCGGGAUAAAUGCCAUUCUUCGUCGACGUCGGAAUAGAGACAUCCUGGUUCCCAUCGCGCCAGCUGACAGUGACUUAGACAGACAGCAUGGUGGAGCGCAUGUAUUUAUUGGCGGAACAAUGAAUAAUCUGAAUUCAGCUGCCAGAGAUCCCAUAUUCUUCAGCCAUCACGCAUUUGUCAAUCAAAUUUGGGAACGUUUUCGUCUCAACCAAAGAGCCGCGGGUAUUCCAACAGCCACCGAUUACCCGUGGGAUCCGAAUGAUCAAAGAAUCCCGGCAUCACACAAUCCAAACCUAACGGCGGGAUUUACAAUCAGCCCUUUCAAUUCUCUCCGCCAGAUUGAUGGUUUCUCGGACGACUUUUUCCAACUUGUUUAG